GACGGAGCGGAGCCGGCGCAGCCCGCAGGGGUCACUGCUGCCUCGGAGACCGGAGCCGCAGCCGUCGGGACGGGCAGCGGUGCCUGGCGGCGACGGGGACAACCGAGGGGCGUGGGCCGGGGCCGGGAUCAUCGCCUCCGCCCCACGGCAGAGGGCAGCGAGCGGUCGGCCCCGGACCUGGAACGCCGAUGAGGUGCCGUGCGAUGAUGCGGAGCGGUGCCGGUGCCAGGCAGGUGCCGUCCGCCGCUCUCCGCCCCAAAGGCGCCCCGAGGGAGCCCUGCUCGGCGGCCGGCAGGAGGCGGCCGGCGCUGCCCGGUCGCUGGGUCUCUCUUCUCUCCAUCCCUCCGCCCCCGACGGGGAGGAGACGAGCGCUGCCGGUGCCCCCCCGCACGGUGGCGGGCAGCGGAGGAGGAAGCCCCGCGCCGGCCGGGCACUGUCACCGCCCCGCUCCGCCCGCAGGGUCGGCGGCCGGAGGUAAGGCGCUGGCCGGGCGGGACCACCCCUACGCACCGGCUGCGGCGGCGGAGAGCGCUGCCCCGGCCCCGCUCCUGCACACAAAGGGGAGAGAGAGUCCGCAGCCCCGUCCAGGCUGUUCCGCGGGAUGGCGGCGGGCCGCCCCGCAGGGCUGGGCGCCGCUCUCUAGCAGCCGCCAGGCUACAUCCGCGCAGCCGGGGCGUGGAGCCGGGCGCAGCCCAGACCCGGCUGCGCCUCAGCCCCUCUCCGCCGCCACCUGGGGCUCUUCUCGCCUCCCCGCCCCGUCCUCGGCCAUCGCAGCAGGCAUGAGCUGUUUCUGCGCCGUCCCGGAGGAAUUCUACUGCGAAGUUUUGCUCCUGGAUGAGUCCAAGCUGACCCUGACCACUCAGCAGCAGGGCAUCAAGAAGUCAACGAAAGGGUCGGUUGUCCUGGGCUACGUAUUUCGUCACUUAAAUUUGGUGGAAAUAGAUUACUUUGGACUGCGCUACUGUGACCGAAGUCAUCAAACAUACUGGCUGGACCCUGCAAAGACCCUCGCCGAACAUAAAGAAUUGAUAAACACUGGACCACCAUACACUCUGUAUUUUGGCAUUAAAUUUUAUGCAGAGGAUCCAUGUAAACUUAAGGAAGAAAUAACAAGGUAUCAGUUUUUCUUGCAAGUAAAGCAAGAUGUUCUUCAGGGCCGUUUGCCUUGUCCAAUCAACACUGCAGCACAGCUGGGAGCAUACAUCAUUCAGUCUGAGCUGGGGGACUACGACCCGUACAAGCACACCGCAGGUUACGUCUCCGAGUACCGCUUUGUCCCUGACCAGAAAGAAGAGCUGGAGGAGGCCAUAGAGCGGAUACACAAGACUCUGAUGGGUCUAGUUCCGGCUGAGGCAGAAGUGAACUACUUAGGUGUGGCAAAAUCUCUGGAAAUGUAUGGAGUGGAUCUCCAUCCUGUUUAUGGUGAAAACAAAUCUGAAUACUUUUUAGGAUUAACACCUGUAGGAGUUGUUGUCUACAAGAAUAAAAAGCAAGUAGGAAAGUAUUUCUGGCCUAGAAUUACGAAAGUUCACUUCAAGGAAACACAGUUUGAACUUCGAGUCCUGGGAAAAGAUUGCAAUGAAACUUCCUUCUUUUUUGAAGCACGUAACAAGGUCACAUGCAAACAUCUCUGGAAAUGCUGUGUAGAGCACCAUACAUUUUUCAGGGUGCCAGAGAGUGAAUCAAACUCACUGUCAAGAAAAGUCAGCAAGUUUGGAUCUAUAGGUUAUAAACAUCGGUACAGAAGUGGCAAAACAUCUUUGCGAAUGACCAGAGACCCUUCUGUGCAGCUUCCGCGGCCUGACCAGAGCAUUGAAAGAAGUCGUAGCAAGACCUACCCCAAAAGAACACAACAGACAGGUUCUAAGGACAUGAGCCAGAUUACAAUAAAUGGGGAAAAUGAAGGAACUACCAAAAUUAUUGCACCUUCUCCAGUGAAAAGCUUUAAAAAGAUGAAAAAUGAAAACAGUCCACAAACACAAAGAAGUAAAACAAGCACUCCAUGGGAGGAAAAUGGCCCACAGAGUGGACUGUAUAAUUCUGCCAGUGACCGCAAUAAAUCACCAAAGUUCCCUUACUCUUGCCGAAGAAACCCAUCUGGUGGCAGUGAGAAUGAGUCUGGGCAGCCUGUUCGGAGGAGGAGAAAUCAAAACAGUGGAGAAGAUUCAGAUUUAAAGCAAAGGAGAAGGUCGCGUUCCCGCUGUAACACCAGCAGUGGCAGUGAAUCCGAAAAUUCCAACAGAGAGCAUCGGAAGAAGAGAAACAGAUCACGGCAGGAGAAUGACAUGGUUGACUCGGCUCCUCAGUGGGAAGCUGUGCUGCGGCGGCAGAAGGGGAAAACCCAGGCAGAUCCAAGCUACCGGCGAUCCAGGCACAGAUCUCGAUCGAGAAGCCCAGAUGUACAAGCUAAAGAAGAACUGUGGAAACAUAUUCAGAAGGAACUUGUGGAUCCAUCUGGCCUAUCUGAGGAGCAAUUGAAAGAAAUUCCAUACACUAAAGUAGAGACUCAAGGUGACCCCAUCCGCAUCCGGCACUCGCACUCCCCUCGCAGCUACCGGCAGUACCGGCGCUCCCAGUGCUCUGAUGGGGAGAGAUCUAUCCUGUCUGAAGUGAAUGUCAAAACUGAUCUGGUCCCUCCCCUGCCUGUUACACGAUCUUCAGAUGGGAAAGGUCCAAGCAUCCAGCUGACUCAACAGAGGCAGAAUGGAUCUAAAGACAGCCUAAUAGAGGAACCAUCUCUGCUAUUCAGUAAUAACGUUGAUGGAAAACCUGCCACUAAGAUCGUAAAAACUGUCCAGGUGUCACGCUUCAAGGUGGAGACUUGACUGAUGAAUUGAAGAUGGUGAAUGGAUUUUGGUCUUUGGAAAGUCAGAAUUUGUACAAGGGAAAGAACUGAAGUUGAUGUGGUGGUCUUUCCUUCAGGUCAUCUGGCAGCGCAGCCUGCUUGCUGGGAAGACCAAGCAAUAGUUUUAUCACCAACACCAUUCUAGUGGUGUGAAUGAUUGAGGACAUACAACGAAUGAUUGCCUGAUAUACAACCAAAACCAAAAGUUUUUGCAAAACUGAAAGAUCAGCAGUUACAUUUGCAAAAAAUGAACAAUGACAAAAAAAUUGCUGCAACAAAACAGGCUUCAUGGUCUGCUCUGUAACUGAAUAGCCUUGUUCCAAGAAGUGACUGUUAACUGACAUGAUCAGGACCAGACGCUUCAAGAUAAGUAAAAUUGUCGCAUUUUUGGUCAAUCGUGCAAUACAGUGUGAUAUGGGGAAACUAUCUUCACAAUUUAUAUGGGGAUCAACUUAUGUCCUGAGACAUAAGGAAAGAGCUCUUACAAGGGUUAUUUUAGCCUAGCACACUAACAAAUGCUUGUGUUGUUGAUACAAAUUCUGACUCGACCCAUUUUAGCUCAAAAACAAUAGACUACAUAACACGCUGUAGCAGUGAGUUCCAGAGGUGAUUCAGACUUACUUUGCUUUGGGCGGGUUUAAGUGUUCUAAAUGUUGAAUGUCCUUUUGUGUAGAGACACUAUUUAAAUGAACAUCCCAUACCACAAAAAUACAUUUACCAACUUGUAGUAAAGCACACUGGAAACUGGGGAAUAUAAAUUGACACACUGUGUUAAGACUGCUUAGCAAGGUACUUCACUGCUGGUUAAAUGAAACUUGUGGAGUAGUAUUUAAGACAGCACUAGAUUAGCAAAAGCUGUUUUAGUAUCUCAUAUAAAACCAUCUGACUUUUCUCUGAGCCAUUUCUACUACGUUAAAAUUACAAAGGAAUUAUUUCGGGUAUGAUAACUAUAAUUUUUUUCUAUCGUCAUGGUAGGAAUAUUAAGUUUUAAUGAUGCUGCACAUGGAGUGGGUUAUCUUCUAAUAUGUAUCAGAAGUGAUGCCUGGCUCUCUUCUUGUCCCAUCACUUCUUACAAAUAUCUGAAAGUCACUUCUCUGCCUCCCUUUGUCCACAGUUAGCACAUGGAUGAGCCUUCAGGUGUUGCUCACUUGCUAGGGAGCUUAGCAGAGCCUUUGUGUUGUGGAAGUAAUUUUUGCUAAGUGUAAUCAUUGAACUAAGUAUUGAAGUUGUCAAAUAGUGUUGUAAACAGCUGUAGCAGCUCACGUGCCUUUCUACAUCUGUCCUCUCUACACUCAACCCCCACAACCUACAGAGAUUUGCAAUAAUGCUGUGUCUUCCAGUCCAAGCAACAUCAGGGAAUUGCAGCCCUGUCAGAAAAGCAACACUGCUUGAGAACUGGAGUUAGCAUAAGGUGUCUAAAUUUCACUUUUGAAGAGACAUGGGAUUACUAAUACACAUUUUAACUGACUAAAAUGGUAAGUGUUGUACAGUGUGUUUUAUUUUCCACUUCAUUUUUUGAUUCUUCAUCGUUUCAUGAUCUGAGGUGGUCGGGUGGAUGUUACUAGCCAGGGCAGCAGCCAUACAGUUUGUAUAUUCCUAUCGCAGUAUGGAGUUGGGAAGUGCUGCAUCCUGCCAGGGAAGGCAGAUUCCCUUAACAAAUACUUUUCUUUGGUGAUUUACUUGGGACAGCUCUGCUUCUACAGUCUCAGUGAACAAUUCUAAGGGAAGAAAAGAGUAAGAACCCAUUCAUAGUAAAAAUUCAGUUUUCAUGGAGGUUCUCCAGAAUUUUUUGCAUUUACUAUGGAUUUAAUUCUAGGACGUUGUUGGGCUUGGCUUAAAGUAUUUGCUCAGUUUUGUAAGUUUGUUAAAUGGUUUCAUUAUCAUUGCUCCAAUUUAAAGUGAUCCGUUAGGAUCUGUUUAUGACUUUGUACAGUACUGUCAUGAACAACAGUUUAAAAAAGUAAAAAAAAAAAAAUCCAAACCCAAACCACAACAAAAAAAUCCCAACCAAUCCCACAGAAAAAAAAAGUCAUUAUGGCAAAAUGGCCUAAUGAAGGUAUCUUUUGGAAGACAAUUGAAAAAUGACAAACUAUACAAGAACUGGUUACAGUGUCUGCAAUGAAAGCUGCUCCUUGUUCCUUUGAGAAAGGGUUCCAACUUGGAGUAUUACACACUUGCCUGUAGUUUGCUGCUUUCUAAAUCAUUACCAUUAGUUUGCUAUCCUUACUGAGGCACAGGUAAGUAGUAUGUAUCUACUACUGCAGGAGGACUUGUGUUAUUAUUUGCAAAUUAUCUCUAUAUACUGUAUCUAUCUUGCCAGUCUUUCAAUAUUGAUCAAGAAGGUUUAUAUCCAACCUUAUGUUUUCCUGUAUGCUUUCAUCUUCCUGUGGCCUUUUGUGUGUUAUUGCUGGAUACCACCAGCCAAGUGUGUAGUAUUUUACUUACUGCACUACAUCAGAAAAUAGGCUUCUGUCAAGUCUAAUAGUGAAAGUUUUCUAUUCUCAAGUCACUGGAGAAUUGUUUCAUAAUCAAGACAACUUUUAUGCAUUUAAAUGAGAAAUUUAUAAAGCGAGCCCUAGAUUUGAGAUAGUGGUCUUCUUCCUGACAAGACUAUGUAGGAAGCAGGUUUUUCAGCAAGUCUGAUGUUAGCCUGGGUCACUACAAUCCAGUUUUGUGUCCACAAAAGACUAAAGAUAUAACGCCCCUAUUCCGCAUUUUCCAAAUGUUUUGUUGUGCCAAAACAAGGCAAAACUUACAACAAUGACAUCACUGUCAGCUAAUAGUACAGAAAAAUAAAUAUCUUUCAUAUAUGUGAUCCCUUUCCCUUUAAGCUUCUUUCCUCAAUCAUUUGAGGAAAAGCACUUUUUUAAAUGAUCUUUUUGUUUUUGUGAGAGAUACACACAAGGGAUCAAUCACUGAAAGCACUUACUGUGUCACAGCUAUGCCUUCUAGACCCAAACCAGCUCUGCAUAUCUAAGUGACCAGCCUCUUACCCCUCUCAGCUACACCUUGCCCUCUCCACUGUUGCUACCCUUCCCUAGCUCUCCUGAGGCAUUCACUGCCUAGAGGCAGUUGCAUUUUCAGAUCUGGAGUCUGGAUGUCAGUCUAAAAUACUUGUACAUCCUGAUGAGUCAGGCAAAAGACAUGAGAAGCAUAACAGUGUCAUGAAGUUGACCUGGGGUUGAAUGCCAUGCAGACCUGUGCUCACUUGGAUUGGAUAAAGGACUGGUAUUUGAUGCAUUCUCAUCCUAAUUUUCCUGAACUGAUAUCAGGCCAACGAUUUUACCUUUGUGCCUCUGUCUUUACCUCUUCUGAGACUUCCAAAAGAACUCUCACUAAUUAGCAACAAUUACAACAUAGUUAUAAAACCUUUUGCAAAUCAUGUGUUUUAUACAAUAAAGAGAGCUUGCUAACCACAGCACAAAAGCAUUGUGUGUAUCCUGUACUGAUUUCCUUGCUUAGUUGGCUGGUUUCUUUCAUUAAGAACUAGCCUUGACCUGCUGUUUUCUACACUGGACCUCUAUUCUAAUCAAGCUUAUGAUACUGACUGAUGUUUGUUGAAAAGCCAUUACCAUUUAAGAUGCCAAAUUCAUUCCCGGUGAAUAUUGAACUGAAGAGACAGCAUGUUUUCUUUUGGGAAGAUUAGUUUAAUUCAAAACUCCCUAGAAAGGUGUUUGAAAACAACAUACAUGAACAUACCAAUGUGAUACAUUUGUUCUAUGUACAUUAGGUAUUCAUGAAGAAAGUAUGUUUUAUUUUAAAAUGAGUUUGAUAGGUGGCUGUAUCAAUACUUGUGUCCAAGUUAUUUAGAAGUCAAGUAAACCUUGAAUUUUUAGGGCA